AUGAAAGACGAGAUCAGUUUCAACAAAAUAAUUCCACUUCGUGACGGAUUACAGGCAAAUGUACGAGAAGCAGCUGAAUUCAAAGAGCGUCGAAGCUGGAACUUAACAACGGCUUUCUGUUCAUCGUUCAAGAGGUCUGAACUGUGCCUUACCGACAACAAAGCAAAAGAAAAUUUGAGACCAGGUCUUACUGCUUCAUUAAUCAAACUUCUCAAUGUUAACAGCGUGCUACAGAAAACCCAACCAGAAUUAUUAACGGAGAAAAAAAAGACGAAUAAAUGCCAGAAGUGGACUUGA